GGUAAUGUUCGCAAAUUGAAUAAUAUUUAUCACACGCAGUUUGUAGUUCUGAAUAAUAUUCACACAAUUGAUUAUUACUCGAAUUAAUAGUCGUAAUUUCAGGAAGGAAAUGUAUUCGUUGGAAAUUGGCAAGAAAUUCAGCUCUUACAAUGACGUAAAAAAUUUCAUACAAGAAUAUGAAAAUAGUACAUAUACAAAGUUUUGGAAACGUGAUGCUAAACUCAUUUCAUCAAAUUACACCAAACGUUCUAUUAAAAGCGAACUGUUAUACUCUUAUCUUAAAUAUUCAUGCAUUCAUGGAGGGCAGCAAUUUCGACCAAAAGGUAAGAAGCUAAGAGAUACAAAAACAUUCAAAAAAGAAGACCUGUGUCCGGCAUUCAUUUCAUUCAGUCCAGAUAUUAGAGGCGACUCAUUAGAAAUAAUAAAAUUCAAUGAUAAACAUAAUCACGAGAGGAAUAGAGAAACUUUAUCAUUUUUGCCCCAACAGAGGCAGUUGCCUGGUGAUGCAAAGGAAACCGCUAAGCAACUAUUAAGUCUCAGAGCAGAUAAAAAAUUAGUGCGGCAAAAUUUACAGCAAAUUACAGGAAAGGAUAUAACGCUAAAGGAUUUAUCAAAUCUUCAAAGAACCGCGGUUAAGGGGGAUAGCUUAGAAAAAUGUAUAGAUUUCCUUCAGGAAAAAAAUGCCGAAACCGCUCUCUUCAAAGAUAGUAAUGACAAUUUCAAAGGUUUAUUCAUGCAGACCCCACAGAUGAAAAGUACCAUGGCAGCGUUUCCAGAACACAAAUAA